CCGCGAACACGGUCUACACAGCCCUUCAAACCACGUUGUGAAUAGCAUUUUUGUGAUGAUCACUCCGUAUUUUACCGUUGAUCAAGAUGAAGAAUACCUCUAUGUUUCAGUGAAAGUCUCACACAUUCGGUUUUCGGCACAAUCUAUUGAAAUGGUUGCCAAUGGCGAUGUUUUUGUAUUUUCUCUUCCCCCAUACUACCUUCGACUCAGACUUCCAUUUCCUGUUCUCGAUGACGAGAGAGCAAAAGCAGAGUUUGAUCUGAAAUCUAGCAAUGUGAACAUUUCUCUCCCAAAAGAGGUGAAAGGCCAGUUUUUUCCCGAUCUAGACCUUACAGCCAAAUUAUUAGCAAGAAAGGACGAAGCUUCAGUAUUAUUACACAGAAAACCAUUAAUCGAGGAGUUAGAUAUUUCUCGUAAUAUGUCAUUCGAAGAUGUGGAGCCCAAAAAUCUUGAGCUUCUUGCAGAUGAGGGACAAACAUAUGAAUGGGAACUCAGUCAGGAGAUCAACACGCAACAAGCUAGUGGUGCAACAUAUGGCUUUAACAAUUCUUACAGUCAGAUUGUUGGUAUAUCUUUGGCCAGUGGAAAUGACAUCAACGAACUUAGUGACCCAGAAUCAUCCCUAGCACCCGAUAGAAUAAUCGAGCGUCUCAUUAAAGAAAAUAUAAAAUUCGACCCAGAAUACUAUGCUGCUGAUUUUAUCAUGGAAAAAAACCCUUCUGAAGAUAAUGACAAAGUUUAUGCUGGGAUAAUGAAAUGGAAGUCACCAACAACGCGGCAAUUCUUGUCAUGGUAUAAGCAGCAGCAGCAAGCCACCCAAGAAGAAAGGGAGCUGGUCGUGAAGAUAGAAUUCUCAAAGGAAGAGAAUGAAAGAAUGUUUGAGCUUCCUAAGAAAAGCUAUCUUCUUGAAGACUCGUAUAGACCUCAACUUUGGAUGUUAUUGAUCACACUUUUAUUUGCACAUCAAUUCGAUCUUCGGGAGAACGAAGGCGAGCACAAUAUUGAAAGUGCAUGGACCAUUGGUAAGUUGACUCCUCAAUUUGCGUAUUUGGAUUCCCAAAUUUUCAUGCCUGAUGAUUUAUCUUCCAAUAUUCUUGAAGCAACAAUUCUCACUGUAUCACGAAGAUCACUUUGUUAUCCGUUUCAUAGACAUUACGGUCUUACCAAAAAAGCAUGGGAUGAUGUUUACUACAUUCUUCGUUCUGGUAGAAGAGUAGUAUUGAAGUGUCUUUUGGAAGUUAGAGAGCUUUUCCGUUUCCACGACGUGUAUUACGUAUAUGAUAAAAUUUGGCUUGAGGAUUUGUGUCUGUGGAUUCUUAGCGAUCUAGUUUCGGAAAAUGCAUUGAGGCACCUUGCCCAUGACUUAAAGAGAAAAAUCGAAUCUCUUAAAAAGACAAGCAUAACCUUUGAGAAGGUAGAUGAUACACAAACUGGUGACGCUAUGAUUGUCUUGGACAUCGAGGAGAUAGUAAUAAUGGCUGAAGAUUCGUACAACACCUUUACAAGCCAAAAUGAAUGAUUAUUAUACCAACCUUACGUAAACCAAAUAAAAAACUGAAUACAAACCAAU